GGGGGCGUCGCCCCCCUCCGCCUCCCGUCGGAGCGCCGGGGGCCGGGGGGCGGGCCGGCUCGGGGCGCCCGGUCCCGCCCGCGGUGCGCGGUGCACAGGCCGCUCCGGGCGCCGGCCGGAUGGGCUGCACCGUGAGCCUGGUGUGCUGCGAGGCGCUGGAGCCCGGGCCCCCCGGCGGCCCCCCGCCCCCGGGCAGCCCCCCGGGGAGCCCCCCGGGCCCCGCGCGGGGCGGGUGCUGGGAGCCCGGGGGCCCGGUGCGCGCGGAGCGCAGGCGGCUGCUGCCUCAGCCAGAGGACCUGGAGGCCCCCAAGAGCCACCACUUCAAGGUGAAGACCUUCAAGAAGGUGAAGCCCUGUGGCAUCUGCCGGCAGGUCAUCACCCGGGAAGGCUGCGCCUGCAAAGUCUGCAGCUUCUCCUGUCAUCGGAAAUGCCAGGCGAAGGUGGCUGCCCCCUGCAUUCCUCCAUCCAACCAUGAACUGGUGCCUGUCCACGCGGAGAGCUCACCGAAGAAUGUAGUGGACACGGGCGAAGGAACCUUCCGGGGUGGGAACACUCAGAAAAGCCUUGAGGAAGACGGCUCCGCCAGAGUCAGCCCGAGUGUCCAGCCUCACCCGCCGCCCGUCAGUCUUCCCAGAAGCAUGAGUGUGAGCCAGGCCAUGGAGGACAGCUGCGAGCUGGACCUGGUGUACGUCACCGAGAGGAUCAUCGCCGUCUCCUUCCCCAGCACCGCCAAUGAGGAGCACUUCCGGAGCAACCUCCGGGAGGUGGCCCAGAUGCUCAAGUCCAAACAUGGAGGCAACUACCUGCUCUUCAACCUCUCUGAGCGGAGGCCCGACAUCACGAAGCUCCACGCCAAGGUACUGGAAUUUGGCUGGCCUGACCUCCACACCCCAGCCCUGGAGAAGAUCUGCAGUGUCUGCAAGGCCAUGGACACUUGGCUCAACGCAGACCCUCACAAUGUCGUCGUCCUACACAACAAGGGAAACCGAGGCAGGAUAGGAGUGGUCAUUGCCGCGUACAUGCACUACAGCAACAUUUCGGCCAGCGCGGACCAGGCACUGGACCGGUUUGCCAUGAAGCGGUUCUAUGAGGACAAGAUUGUACCGAUUGGCCAGCCAUCCCAGAGAAGGUACGUGCAUUACUUCAGCGGCCUGCUCUCCGGCACCAUCAAAAUGAACAACAAGCCCUUGUUUCUGCACCACGUGAUCAUGCACGGCAUCCCCAACUUCGAGUCUAAAGGAGGGUGUCGGCCAUUUCUCCGGAUCUACCAGGCCAUGCAGCCUGUUUACACAUCUGGCAUCUACAACGUCCAAGGAGACAGCCAGACCAGCAUCUGCAUCACCAUCGAGCCUGGGCUGCUCUUGAAGGGAGACAUCUUGCUGAAGUGCUACCACAAGAAGUUCCGGAGCCCGGCGCGGGACGUCAUCUUCCGGGUGCAGUUCCACACCUGCGCCAUCCACGACCUGGGCGUGGUCUUUGGGAAGGAGGACCUGGAUGACGCCUUCAAAGAUGAUCGGUUUCCAGAAUACGGCAAGGUGGAAUUUGUAUUUUCUUAUGGGCCAGAGAAAAUUCAAGGCAUGGAGCAUCUGGAGAAUGGGCCCAGCGUGUCUGUGGACUACAACACCUCCGACCCCCUCAUCCGCUGGGAUUCCUACGACCACUUGAACGGGCAUCGCGAGGACGGCAUGGAGGAGGUGGUGGGACACACGCAGGGGCCACUGGACGGGAGCCUGUAUGCCAAGGUGAAGAAGAAGGACUCCCUGAAUGGCAGCACCGGGGCCGUCAAUGCCACACGCCCUGCUCUGUCGGCCACUCCCAACCACGUGGAGCACACCCUGUCUGUGAGCAGCGACUCCGGCAACUCCACUGCUUCCACCAAGACAGACAAGACCGAUGAGCCUGCCCUCGGCCCUGCCGGUGCCCCUGUUGCCCUGAGUCCCGAGGAGAAGCGUGAGCUGGAGCGCCUGCUCAGCGGCUUCGGCUUAGAACGAGAGAAGCCGGGCGCUAUGUACCACGCCCAACACCUCCGGUCCCGCCUGGCGGGGGGCCCUGCCGUGCCCUCUGCCGGCCGCCAUGUCGUCCCGGCCCAGGUCCACGUCAAUGGUGGGGCGUUGACAUCUGAGCGGGAGACGGACAUUCUGGAUGAUGAACUGCCCAACCAGGACGGGCACAGCGUGGGCAGCAUGGGCACACUGUCCUCCCUGGACGGCAUCACCAACACCAGCGAGGGGGGCUACCCGGAGGCGCUGUCCCCCUUGACCAAUGGCCUGGACAAGCCCUACGCCAUGGAGCCGAUGGUGAAUGGUGGGGGCUACCCCUAUGAGUCUGCCAGCCGGGCAGUGCCUGCCCAUGCGGGCCACGUGGCUCCCAUGCGGCCCUCCUACUCUGCGCAGGAGGGCUUAGCUGGCUACCAGCGGGAGGGCACCCACCCCGCCUGGGCACAGCAAGUGGCCACCUCCCACUAUGGUCACGACCCCAGCAGUAUGUUCCGCUCUCAGUCCUUUCCGGACACGGAGCCCCAGCUGCCCCCAGCACCAGCCCGGGGGGGAAGCAGUCGGGAGGCUGUGCAGAGGGGCCUCAAUUCCUGGCAGCAACAGCAGCAGCAGCAGCAGCAGCCUCACCUGCCUCCUCGCCAGCAGGAAAGAGCCCACUUGGAGAGUGUCCGGCCCAGCAGGCCCGGCCCCCAGCCACUGGCAGAGACGCCCACGCCUGGCCUCCCUGAGUUCCCGAGGGCAGCCUCGCAGCAGGAGAUCGAGCAGUCCAUCGAAGCCCUCAACAUGCUGAUGCUGGACCUAGAGCCAUCCUCGGCUGCCGCCCCGCUGCACAAAUCCCAGAGUGUCCCUGGGGCCUGGCCUGGGGCUUCCCCACUCUCUUCUCAGCCUCUUUCCGGCUCCUCCUACCAGACCCAUCCGCUGACCCAGUCCAGAUCUGGCUACAUCCCCAGUGGGCAUUCCUUGGGAACCCCUGAGCCAGCCCCACGGGCCUCCCUGGAGCCCGUCCCUCAGGGCAGGUCUUACUCACCUUAUGAUUAUCAGGCUGGGCCCAACCAGAGCUACCGUCCAAAGAGCCCAGCUGCCUCCUCUUCCUUGCCUGCUUUCCUUCCAAGCAACUACAGCCCUCCAGGGCCUCAGCAGCCCCCCGCCUCUCUCCCUGGCCUCACCGCUCAGCCUCAGCUCCCACCAAAGGAGGCGACUUCAGACCCAUCCCGAACUCCGGAGGAGGAGCCCUUGAACCUGGAGGGGCUGGUGGCCCACAGGGUAGCAGGGGUCCAGUCUCGGGAGAAGCAGCAGCCUGCAGAGCCCCCAGCCCUUCUCCGGAGGCGGGCAGCCAGCGACGGACAGUAUGAGAACCAGUCUCCAGAACCCUCAUCCCCCCGGAGUCCUGGGAUGCGCUCCCCAGUCCAGUGCGUGUCCCCAGAGCUGGCUCUCACGAUUGCUCUCAAUCCUGGAGGGCGGCCCAAAGAGCCCCAUUUGCACAGCUACAAAGAGGCCUUCGAGGAGAUGGAGGGAACUGCUCCGUCCAGCCCACCGCCCAGUGGGGUGCGCUCCCCGCCAGGUCUGGCCAAGACACCCUUGUCUGCUCUGGGCCUGAAACCCCACAACCCGGCAGAGAUCCUGUUGCAUCCCAAGGGCGUCACCAGAAGACUGAUCCUGCCAGAGGAGGAUGAGGGGAAGGAGGUGAUAGAGCCGUCGGGAGAGCCCCGGAGCUACGUCGAGUCGGUGGUGCGGACGGCGGUGGCCGGGCCCCGACCUCAGGACCCUGAGCCCAAGAGCUUCAGUGCCCCGGCGGCCUCUGCCUACAGCCACGACACACCCCUGAGGAACGGGACCCUGGGCGGCUCCUUUGUCUCCCCGAGCCCCCUCUCCACCAGCAGCCCCAUCCUCAGUGCCGACAGCACUUCGGUGGGGAGCUUCCCCUCGGCGGAGAGCAGUGACCAGGGCCCCCGGACGCCCACCCAGCCUCUGCUGGAUUCUGGCUUCCGCUCCGGCAGCCUGGGCCAGCCCAGCCCUUCUGCUCAGAGAAGCUACCAGAGUUCCUCUCCUCUCCCGGCCGUGGGCAGCAGCUACAGCAGCCCCGACUACUCACUCCAGCAGUUCGGCUCCCCGGAGAGCCAGGCCCGGCCUCAGUUCAACGCGUCCGGUGUCCACGCCGUCCCCGGGAGCCCUCAGGCACGCCACAGGACAGUGGGCACCAACACUCCCUCCAGUCCCGGCUUUGGCCGCCGAGCUGUCAACCCCAGCAUGGCUGCCCCCGGGAGCCCCAGUGUGAGCCACCGCCAGGUGACGGGCCCACCAGCAACCGGUUUCCAUGGUAACGCAGUCUCCAGCCCCCAGGGCAGCGCAGUGACCACUCCAGGGAGCCCCAGCCUGGGCCGGCACCCUGGGGCCCACCAGGCCUCAGGCCUCCAUGGCGGUGUGGCUGUCACCCCAGGGAGCCCCAGCCGCGGCCAGCAGCCGGGGGCCCACCAGGCCUCAGGCCUCCCGGGCAGCGUGGCCACCACUCCAGGGAGCCCCAGCCUGGGUCGGCAUCCCGGGGCCCACCAGGGCAACUUGGCCUCCGGUCUCCACGGCAACGCAGUGCCCAGCCCCGGAAGCCCCAGCCUGGGCCGGCAUCUCGGAGCGUCUGGAUCCAUGGCUCCCAGCAGCCCCAGCCUAGACCGGCACGUCGCCUACGGUGGCUACUCCACCCCUGAGGACCGGAGACCCACGCUGUCCCGGCAGAGCAGUGCCUCUGGCUACCAGGCUCCUUCCACGCCCUCCUUCCCCGUGUCUCCUGCCUACUACCCGGGCCUGAGCAGCCCCGCCACCUCCCCUUCACCAGAUUCGGCAGCCUUCCGGCAAGGGAGCCCGACGCCGGCCCUGCCAGAGAAGUGGAGGAUGUCCAUGGGGGACCGAGUGGGCGGUCUCCCCAACUACGCCACCAUCAACGGGAAGGUGUCGUCCUCGCCUGUCGCCAGCGGCAUGUCCAGUCCCAGCGGGGGCAGCACUGUCUCCUUCUCACACACUCUGCCCGACUUCUCCAAGUACUCCAUGCCAGACAACAGCCCAGAGACCCGGGCUAAAGUGAAAUUUGUCCAGGACACUUCCAAGUAUUGGUACAAACCCGAGAUCUCCAGAGAGCAGGCCAUCGCUCUCCUGAAGGACCAGGAGCCGGGAGCCUUCAUCAUCCGGGACAGCCACUCCUUCCGAGGAGCCUACGGGCUGGCCAUGAAGGUGUCUUCUCCCCCUCCGACCAUCAUGCAGCAGAACAAGAAAGGGGACAUGACCCAUGAGCUGGUGAGACAUUUCCUGAUUGAGACCGGUCCCCGAGGAGUCAAGCUCAAGGGCUGCCCCAACGAGCCAAACUUCGGAUCUCUCUCUGCCCUGGUCUACCAGCACUCCAUUAUCCCGCUGGCCCUGCCCUGUAAGCUGGUCAUUCCAAACCGAGAUCCCACAGAUGACUCGAAAGAUAGCUCGGGCCCUGCCAACUCAACCACUGACCUGCUAAAGCAAGGGGCAGCCUGCAACGUGCUCUUCGUCAACUCUGUGGACAUGGAGUCGCUCACUGGGCCCCAGGCCAUCUCCAAAGCCAUUUCCGAGACGCUGGCUGCUGACCCCACACCAGCUGCCACCAUCGUUCACUUCAAAGUGUCUGCUCAAGGAAUCACACUGACUGACAACCAGAGAAAGCUCUUCUUCAGACGACACUACCCUCUCAACACCGUCACCUUCUGUGACCUGGAUCCACAGGAGAGAAAGUGGAUGAAGACGGAGGGAGGUGCCCCUGCUAAGCUCUUCGGCUUUGUGGCCCGGAAGCAGGGCAGCACCACGGACAACGCCUGCCACCUCUUCGCUGAGCUCGAUCCCAACCAGCCCGCCUCCGCCAUUGUCAACUUCGUCUCCAAGGUCAUGCUGAGUGCGGGCCAGAAGAGAUGAACUCACCAGAUGCCCCGGGCCAGGGCAGUGGGGAUGGGACAUUGGGGAGGGGACCCGUGAAUCCUGACCACCUCUGAAUCCAGAAGGAGGACUUUGGGCCAAUUUUGGAGGAGAGAAGAAAGUGUGAAAUGGGGAGAGGGAAGUGAAUGGCGGAGGGGCGGGGGAGAGAGGGAGAGAAAGAAAGAAAAGGAUGGAGGAGGAUAACUCGGAUUCCCUUGGGUAGAUGGCUACUGCGCAACCCUCAAAGUCUCCAAAACGAAGCAGGUCCACCUCACUCCCUCUCGCCCUUCCCGAGGACACAGCUCCUCACGGGAGGAAGAGCUGGCCUCCUUGGGGACCCAUAUUUUUUUGGGGGAAAUGGAAAAAUGUCUCCAUAGCCCAACUGCUUUGCAAGGAGAAAUCAAGUGAAGAGAAUCAUUUUCUGGCCCCCUCUAGGGUACCUUCUCAAACCGAAAGGAGCCAGCAUGGAACAUCACGUGGCAGGACUUUUGCUUUGAAAGUAUCUCAGACCCGAGGUACCUAAGGUCUCUCUGCUCUGCCUCUGAUGUGUAGUUUGUGUGGGAAUGUACGUGGGGUUGUGUAUAUAUCUGCUCCCAAAUCCUCACACUCAGAUUUAUAUUCGACUCUCAGCUAGAAUUAUAAACAGGUGUACUUGUCCAUGUUCCAUAUUUGCACACAUGUACAUACUGUCCAGAGAUCAGAGUUGGGGUGACCCAGCAUCAGGGAGGGGACGCCAGCCUUCUUCCCCAGGAGCACCCAGGAAUAUGGGCGACGGGCUCUGGCUUGGUCCCUGUGCCCACGCUCUACUGGCCCCGUGUGCUGCCAGCUCCAUCUCCUUGGCAAAGACCCCAGCAGGAGUGGGGCUACCACCCUGCCUCGGCCAGGAGGCGGGACCAUUGGUUGGAAGGGAUGGAAAUGUGCAUUUCCAUAGCCUUGGGGAAGAGACUCACCAGCCACAGUGGCUUUGACCUCCAGGCCUCUUCCCCAAAUCGUGUGGCAAGGUGGGCAGGCCACUCCCCCCAGCUCUCAGCCCUCGGCCCAUUUUGGCUGCCAAGACCACACCAGCCUUAUCUCAGACCGGCUUAUCUGCAUGAUGCCUUUUUGGGUGCUGGGGAUCGAGCCUUCCUGAUCGGCCCAGCUCUGUUCUGUCCUGCAGGAUCCCUCUGUUUGGCUCAUCCUGGGGAACCUGCUUCCAAGAGCCCUGCUCAGCAAGGCCCAGGGGACCCCUGGGGUCCUGUCCUCCCCUCUGCCUGGGUUUGGGGCCUCACUCCUGCUGGGCUAUCCAGGUGACUCAGCCCUGGGCUGCUGCCUAUAUACCAUAUGGCCUCUGUACAAUACCAAAGCCUUGCUGUUCCCACUUCUGCCUUGGUUUCCCCAGCAGAGUCAAGCUGCCUGUGAGCAGAGUGCAGAAGGCGUGCCUUUAGGCCAAAGGGCCUGGAGCCCACCUGGGCAAUUGGGAAACCCCCGACCUCCACCCAAGUACUCUCAGCUCGAAUAGAAAAAGUCACCAGGUCUCUGUUCUUGAGGGGCUUCUUAAGCCUCUGGUGGUCCCCUAGAGAGAGGCAUUGUACUGAUAUAUAAAUAUAUAUAAUAUAUAUGUGAGACAUACUGACAGAAUCUGUAAGCUAAUAAAAUAUAAGAAAAGGUUAAAACAAGAAUAGGUAAAUUGACAAGAAGUAUUUAUUGUUUCCCCAUAUUGCUUUAUUGCCUCCCUGGGCAAAAACCAGUUCGCACCCCUCUUUCUCUGUACAAGGGAAGCCUGGAAAGCAGGGGCCUUUAUUCUUGGAGCAAUCAGGGGUCUCCUUGCCCUAGCCUUGGCCUUCCCUAGACCUUGUCUGGGGCUUGGCAGGGAGAGGUGCACGUGUUCCAUCUCCUCUGGCCCCCUGUUUUCUGGCAGGCCACCCAGGCCUUGGCCAUCAGGCCCCAAGAGAAGCCCCCUCACCAGGGCUGGAGCGGGUGUGUGAGCCAGCGCGGGGCAUGGGUGCGUGUGGUGGGCAUGGGGAGUGUGUGUGUCUUUUGUACUUUUUCUCCAAGAAGCUGUAUCUGUGUGGACGUACUGUUUCAGGGAGUUAGAAAGGAGAGUGUCUAACGAAGACGGGGUGCAGCCCCCCGCUUCCCAAAGACUGAAACCGUGUGCUUGGUGACUGAGGUUCUUCCAAAGUGCUCUUCCUUCUGAGGCAUUCAAGCCAGAUCCUGGGAUUCCCUCUCCCCUUCCCCACCUCCCCCCGCCUCUUCCAUAGGAGAAGUUCCACCCCUUCCUUUGUCAAUGUCUAACCUCCCACUGGCCAGCCGGGGGCUCUCUCCUGGUCUGGACGUCCUCUCCACACCGAGGCCAGUGGAGGGUUAGACCGCCGGGCAGACCCGGGCCCAGGGUCAGCCUUCUCACACGCUUGCCCACCGCCCACCGCAGCCCACUGCCCAGGCAUGGCCAGCCCGCCUCCCAGACUGAGCUGAGGGUGACCCCGUGAGCAGGACCCAGGGGCACUGGGGAGCCGCAUCCCUCCCUCUCUGGGUCCUUCUGGAGGGAGCUGGCUUCCCAGAGUUCGGCUUUUCCUGAGGAAUGGGGAAGGCACCUCAGUCUCCACCGAGGUCCCCCCUUUGGGUCAGGCACUGGCUGGGAAGACACUGUAGUCCUCCCAUCUCAGAGGCUGGGCCCGCGCACCCAUGCGCACAAGUGCAUGCACACACACACACACACAUACACACACACACCGCAGCACUGCAGUAUAUUCUUGCCAAAGAUGUCCUUUAAAAGAAAGCACUUUUAAUAAUUAUUGUUAUCGUGUAAAUGUUUAUCCCUUUCUCUCCCCCUCUCCCUCGACAUAUUUGCUGUUGUUUAGUGUUGACCCCGUCUGUCAGCGAGGAGAGUGCUGUCUGGUCUUGAAAGGAGGCUGGGAGCGGGGUGGGGCGGGUGCAGGAGAGGCAUGGUCAGCGUGUGACUCACCACACAGCCCCAGGCGGGCUCAGCCUGGCCCCAGGCCCCACCUGCUUCUGGCUGCCCUCCAGCCAGGCCUCCGAGGCAGGGAGGCAGGGACACAGGCCCAGGGGCGCCACGUGGCUCUUCCCAGGUGGAAGGAGAGGGGAGGACCCAGCAUGGGAACAAUGGAGAGCAGACCCCAGAGAGGAAAUAGGGAGGAAGCGAGCUGUUUGAUCAGCCUCCAAGGUGACUGGCAUCCCCCCCUCCCCCCUGAGGUCACGUGCUCUGGCUCCCUUGUCUAGCUAGUGUUUGAGGGACAGACAUGUCUUUCCUGGGUUUGGGAAAGGUCUUCACCUGGUCCUCAUGGCAGCCUUUCCUGCAGCCUCUCCAAGCUCUUGGACAGCCAGGACUCCUCCUGCCCUGGGCUUUGGGGAUCCCUGGGCAUGUCAGAAGCUGGCAGGACCAGGUGAUGGGCUUGGUGGCUGUGCCACCACAAGAGGAGGCAGCAGGCUGGAUGAGCGUGACCCUUCCAUGAAGGGGCUCCAGGAGGGAGAUGAGUGGAGCAUUCUCCUCCCUCCUUGGAUGGGUGAGAGCAGAGAUGGGCAGACUCCUCACCAGUGGGACAACACCUGUGCCCCGGCGUGCACCGCCACCCUGCCCCGGGGUCCCCUCCCUCUGAUCCCAGCUUCAGGACCUGCGGAGAGCAAAGGGGGCCCAUGCCCGAGUCCACGGGCAGCCUCUGCCCCUGUGUCUUCCCACACUUGGGGUUCUUGGAGAGGUCAGAGGUCAGAGGCCGGGCCCUGGAGCCACUCUUCCCCCAGGGCCAGGCCCCGGGAUCUGGAGACCAGAGUCCCCUGGCAGUGGUGACAUAGGAUGUGUGUGCGGUGCGUGCAAGUGCGGGUGUGUGUGUGUGCAUAUGUUGCUCUUCUCUCUAGGGAUCUGCAGGGCUGGGUUGGAGGAGGUGGGCAAUAGGAGGAUCUCAAGUUCAAUAUCAUCGGGCGGGGAAGGAAUCGAGAGGCGAGGCCUGUAGGGCCUCGACGGGUGGAACCUCAGUGUUGGUAAUGGGGUGAGCUCUGUGGUCCUCAGAUGUCCCAAAUGUGGGAGGACCUGUGCUUAUUUCCCAUGCCUGGCUCUUCCGAGCAGUGAGGGAGGCAGUUGUCGAGGGAUGUCCCACGUUGGUUUUCUAAUCAGUGUUAAGCAGUUGAGACUCUCCUGUGUCCGUGUUGGGUUUGUGUGUGUGUGCGCGCAUGCGGGGCACAUCUGUGUCUGCGUGUGUCUCCCUAUUUCUCCUCUCCCUCUGACGUGUCAUUCAAAACAAGUGUAAGGAGACCCUCACCACCCCACCUCACCCUCCCCUGCCUCCCAGGCCUCCCCUCUGCAGGAGAACCAGAGUAACUCGCCCUCCUCCCGCGCCCUGACUGUGUAUUUAUAUAGAUGGAAAUAUACUUUCUAUUUGUAUCAUCGUGCCUAUAGCCACGGCCGCCUUGUAUAAACCCUGAUUACGCUACUUACCCUGGACAUGAAUGUGCUGUACACCGAGGCUGCCCGCUCCUGCCGGCGGCUCUGUUUCUUUGCGAUCCAUUGUAUGGCUUUAUAAAUGAUAAAGUGAAAGAAAACCUGG